AUGGAACUUACCGUGAGGCGCGUUAGCGACUCGAUCUCGGUCGACAGGUCGCAACAGGAUAUCCGAUCGAAAGCCUGCCAGAAGCUGGCCACAGGUUAUCCGACGAACCUACCACAAGCUACCAUUGUGAUCGUUUUUCACAACGAGGCAUUCUCCGCGCUGGUGAGGUCCGUCCACUCGGUCCUCAACACGGCUCCGCCACAUCUUGUCAGGGAGGUCAUUCUUGUGGAUGACGCGAGCCACCCGGACGACUUGCGCUUCUACCGGAAGCAUUGGCUCACCCAGCAGAGGGUUACCACCAUGCUGGGAUGCUGGGCCAUCUGA